AUGCACCGCGGUAGCUCAGCAACUACCAAUGAUGGGUCAGCUUCAAGCGGUAGCAGGCUACCCAGCUCUUUGACCCGUUUUUCAUUUCACAAGCAGCUGCAACAAUUCGGCGGAAGUGGAUCCUUUCAUGGGACAUCGCCUAAAGUGCCCUCUAGAUAUCCUGUUGGAGGCUUCCCGCCAUCUAUGGAUAGUUUAAAAGAAGACCAUGUAUCUGAAAGUAAAAGGGGGGACGGUCAUAGAAACUACGUGAAUCCUGGACAGAUUCGGUCAUCCGGUCUCAAAUAUACACAUCAGGCACCCAAAGAAUUGUCUAGUAUAGAUAAAAUUAACGAUCCUCAAAGCAAGGCAGUGGUAGUCGCGGGGAAAAAUCACUUGGGGCUUUAUAGAUUCACCACAGAUAAUAAUGACCUGUCUUGUGUCCACGACUUCCUAUCGAACAAGAAUGAUCGUGUGUCUAUGAGCGUGAGGGCCCCUAAGAAGAUAAGCACCAUAUCUGAUGUUAAAGCAGGCUUUCAAAACUAUAAUCACUAUGUUGCCAUUUGUGGCACUUCGACCUCAGUAUCCAUUUAUGACAUUACGAAGGUAAACUCCUCAGACAGCCCUCUGAACACAGUCUUGUCAAAACACUCCAGGUCAAUCAAUAGUGUUGACUUUAAUAUGUCGCAAAGUAGUCUCAUCGUUAGCGGGGGACAAGAUGGCUGUCUCAAAAUUUGGGAUCUUCGCUCUAGUCGAGGCAACAAAGGCAGCAGCGACUUAAGUAUAAACGGUGGAUCUGACUCCGUAAGAGAUGUUAAGUGGAUGCCCAGCUACGAUUUUAUUAAUUAUGAUUCUACUCCAGGGUUAGCCAGUAGGGGCCACAGGCUUGCUUCAAUACAUGAUUCGGGUCAAUUGUUAACAUACGACUUGCGACAACCCACCCAAGCUGAAAAAAGGAUAAACGCGCAUUCCGGACCGGGACUCUGCCUCAGUUGGCACCCCCUUCACGAGUACAUCAUGACAGGAGGGAGAGAUGGGAAGUGCUGCUUGUGGAAUGUGAGCGGGAAGUACGCUAAUGCUAACACGGGAAAUCCUCACCUUAGCAGCUUCCUCAACCCGACGAAUAACAGCAGUAUUCUUACCCCUGGUUACUCUUUGAACUCUCUGGUGACUGCCCCUGAGGUUAUUGUCAAUACGGCACACCCUUUGACGAAACUAAAAUUUCAGCCUGCCGCAGUAGACAAUAUCUUCAAUUCAGUGAUUGCCCUCUCUUCGUUGGGAGAAAACUCAGACAUUUCUUUAUACUCGCUGUCCAGAGAGUUCAUACCUCGAAACGUGCUAACGACGAGAACUCCAUCCUGUGGAUUUGUUUGGUGGGACGAAAAUCUCGUCUUUAACAUUGACAAGCAAAAUACAAUAACGGGCUGGGAUCUCAGUAGAGAGCCUACUGUUUUGGAUAAUCUUACCAAAAAUGUCGUGGGAUGGAGGGAUAUUGAAGGGGAUGGUAUGUUGUUCUUAGCGCAAGAGAAAGGUACAUAUACGAUGCCUGAAAAGAAUGUUGAAGCUUCGCAUGAGAAUCACCGUACUUCUUUGCAGAGCAAAAUGAGUACAAGUUCUGUCCACAACCUAUUCGCCAAUAGUGGAAUUCGACAUAACUCAAGUACCUCCUCUUUUCCUGCUCUGGCUUCGCGCCAUGGCUCUAGUGCUACUUUUGGAGAACGACCAUCCUUUCCCCGAAAUGGAACAUCCCAUAAUAGCAAAAGCAUCAAUACUCAGGCAUUUGGAUCUCUUUCCAGCCAAAAUGGUCCCCAUCACAAUUCGAUAGUUUCAGCGAGUUCGUCAUCCACCACAGCAGAGUUGCCGAGCGAGGAAUAUAUCUCACCCCGUUUAAUGGCGCUUGAUCUACCGCAGAUUCUAAAUAGCAUCAUCGGCCCCAAAUCAAGAGAUACUAGAGCGAGGUUUGGUUCCGCUGAUGUAUCAACCUUGAAAGAGUCACCAGUAGAGGUUUUCAAGUUUUUAGCAAAGGAACUGAAAUUUUCCUACAUGCAGGAGAGACUGAAUACUAAAUUUGAAGUCAAGAGUGGCGAAAGUCUAUCAGACGAGAAUAAUACAAAAGUCGAAGAUGACAUAGAUCUAAAGACACAUCUUAUAAAUCAGUUUGGUCUAGCUGAAGAUAAUACGUGGACAAAAUUCAUCAGGAGCGAUAAUACAUCUCAAGAAAAAGAACCAAUCUCAAACCAAGGUUAUAGUGUAAAAAUUUCUGAGGAUAGCGAGUCUUCUUUUCUUAGGACAACUGAGAGCUCGGAGAGCAGUUCAAUUCCAAAUGAACCUGCACGUUCGCGAAACGAAGUUUUUACAGAGGAACUCAAGCUCAAAAAGAAGAUUGAGCACUACAUUGAACUCAUUUCUAUGUGUGAUCAUAAUGCUGAGACGUACUUAUUUGUCGAAGAUCUGAAUAAUUUUAAGAUUUGGGUGAUGAUGAGGGAUGCUCUCGUUUGGGACCUGAAACAAGUAGCUGAAAAAUUCAAGCUUGAAGCUACUGGUAGUCCGUUCGAAACUGUUUAUGAAAACAAAAAUGGAAUGGGGCCACAGAUGGUACGGAAAAACUCAGCUGGUUCUGAGUACAGUAGCUUCAGUGCUAGCGAAGCAAGUUCGAUAGCUCCUCAUGGCUUAUCAAAGCAUCAGGAACCUAAUCAGUCAGCGCCUCCCUCUAAACAGGCUUCGAGCUCCAGUCUAAGUGUUGAAAUGGGAGCGAGUCUGACCAAUGAAGAGCCUACAAGUGUAGGAGGGCAUAAAGGUCGAGCGCCAUCCCUAGCUCGUUUUACAACAACCGCUGCUGAGUUAGAUGAGCUGCGAAGGCAGAAAUCGGCAAAUGAAGAGAGCUCUGAAAGUGCCAUAGAAGACGAUGAAUUGUCAUCGGACUGCGAGGGCGACUCUCGCAAUAAUUCUACAAGUAGUAUGCCGAUUGUUCCACAAUCCGGGAGGAAAAUAUCCUUUAUCGACAACUUCAUGACAAACUUGAGGUCUCCCAGGGGAGGAAUGUAUGAGGGUGAUCCGGAAACAAGCAGGACUUCGAAUUCUAUGAGCACAAAAAGAUCAUCGCAUCUUAGCCACGGUUCUUCCUUUGCAGGACUCAUAUCAAAAAAACAUUGGAUCAUCCAGCAAGAGCAAGAAGUAACUCAACCAGUUUAA